AUGGCUUCUUCGUUGGUUGGUCCACCCGAGAUCGGAGACACAAGGCCCAUCACAGCUUCUGGUCCCAGCGACCCAGUUAUGGACGCAAAGGUCUCAAACGUCAACACUUCACAUCCUAUGGGAAAAAUCACGUACCUCGCCGCUCUCCUCAAAAAUCUCCCAACUCGUCCCAGCCCACCAAUGGUCUCAACUAAAGUAGUUCCAACAGAAUCUUCACCGCAGAUGGGUUACACCGAGAAUAGAUCCGCCACGUACCUCUCCUCAGGCAACCCCUGCCUCGACUUCUUCUUCCAUGUUGUUCCUUCCACGCCCAAGGAAUCUCUAGAGCAGCGGCUACAAGAGGCUUGGAACCACGACUCCUUAACCACUCUCAAGCUUAUCUGUAACCUUCGUGGAGUCCGUGGCACUGGAAAAACUGACAAGGAAGGGUUUUACACGGCCGCGUUGUGGCUCCAUGGUCGCCAUCCCAAAACCCUAGCUUGUAACCUAGAGUCUAUCUCCACAUUUGGUUACUUUAAAGAUUUUCCUGAGAUUCUUUACCGGAUUCUACAAGGAUCUGACAUUCGUAGUAUCCAGAAGUCGGAAUGGCUCCGGAGGAAAGGCCGAGUAUCUCGAAGUAGAAGAGCUCGAUUCUCUCUCCAGUCCUCGAGAGGUCGUUUCCGUCGUGGGCGUGGGCGUGGUCGUGGAAGGGGUCGAUGUUAUGGAAGGGGUCGCGGAAUAGCUAGCCAUGUCCUUCAAAUAAGGCCCGUAUCCACGAGGAAGGAUAGGGUAGCGUACGCAGAAAAGAAGAACCUAGAGGAGAAAGCCAGAGCAAGCUUGGCGCGCAAGCAAAAGAAGGGUUCAAUGGGGAAGAAGGCCUUUACAAGAUAUACUAACGAUUCAGACUAUAGGUUUCUCCACGAACGUGUCUCUGAUCUAUUCGCAAAUCAACUAAGGAGAGACGUUGAUUUUCUGACAUCAGGCCAACCAAACAAAAUCUCUCUAGCGGCUAAGUGGUGUCCAUCGCUUGAUUCUUCGUUCGACAAAGCAACUCUUGUGUGCGAGAGCAUUGCUAGGAAGGUGUUUCCCCGAGAAUUAUUCCCGGAAUACGAAGGCGUGGAAGAAGCUCACUAUGCGUACAGAGUUCGUGAUCGGCUAAGGAAACAAGUUCUUCUUCCUCUCCGGAAGACUCUGCAACUCCCUGAAGUAUACAUGGCAGCGGGAGACUGGGGAUCUCUCCCUUACGGCCGUGUUGCAUCAGUGGCGAUGAAGUCAUACAAGGAGAUUUUCUUGAAACACGAUGCGGAGAGGUUUCAGCAAUAUCUUAACGAUGCGAGAACGGGGAAAACCAAGGUAGCCGCCGGUGCAGUGUUACCUCACGAGAUAAUAAGAGAAUUAGACGGCGGAGACGGUGGACAAGUCGCUGAGCUGCAAUGGAAACGAAUGGUUGAUGAUCUUAAAACGAAAGGUUCUUUGUCGAACUGCAUGGCUAUUUGUGACGUUUCGGGGUCUAUGGAAGGUGAUCCAAUUGAGGUUUCAGUCGCGCUUGGUUUGCUCAUCUCUGAGCUAUCAGAAGAGCCAUGGAGAGGAAAGCUCAUAACGUUCAGCAAAAACCCUGAACUGCAUCUGGUGACAGGAGACGAUUUGAGAUCAAAAACAGAGUUUGUGAGGAAUAUGCAAUGGGAUAUGAACACUGAUUUUCAGAAAGUGUUUGAUUUGAUUCUUGAAGUGGCUGUGAAAGGGAAGCUGAAGCCGGAAGAGAUGAUCAAGAGGCUGUUUGUGUUCAGUGAUAUGGAGUUUGAUCAUGCGUCGACUUCGCUAUACUAUAGAUGGAAAAGUUCGCGUCUGAUUCCGAGUAAUGGAUGGGAAACAGAUUAUGAGGUGAUUGUGAGCAAGUACAUAGAGAAAGGCUACGGAGAUGCUGUGCCGGAGAUUGUGUUUUGGAAUCUGAGGGAUUCAAGGUCAACCCCUGUUCUCGGAAACAAGAAAGGAGUGGCUUUGGUAAGUGGCUUUUCCCAGAAUAUGAUAAAAGUGUUUUUGGAACAUGAUGGAGAGGUAAUUGAUGAUCCCAUAUCGAUCAUGGAGGCUGCUAUAUCUAAAGAUGAAUAUAAGUCACUUGUUGUAGUUGAUUGA